AGAGCCACUCUGUGCGCCUCGUCCUGCUGAAACUGGCCGCUCGUCUCGCCUGCACCGUGUGCGAUGUAGUGCGCCUGCUAACUUUCCUCCUCCUCGUUCCCAACAAAUCGUGGGGCUUUACCGACCAGGAGGGCCUGAAGAUGAUCCUGUUCCGCAAGUUUCGGGUCCUAAUCCUGACUGUGUUUUUGAUCGCUUGUUCCAUGCACAUCAUGAUCGACUUGUUGCCCCGGCUGGAGGGGCGAGCCGCCGCCGGAUGCUCCUGCUCGCACACGCCCAGCGAGGAGCCGCGGAACUGGGGGCAGCACCGCAGCCGAGGCGCCGCUCCCGAGCCUCUCCAGCCUCACAAGCACACACUGCGGAUCCUUCAGGACUUCAGCAAUGAGCCCGGCUCCAACGUGUCCUCUCACUCUCUGGAGAAGAUCGGUGCUGCUGGGGAAAGAACAGGGACUCUGAGAAGGACCGCUGAUCACAGAUCCAGACUGGGUCCGGACAGGAGACAGGAGGUGCAGGUGGCGGGAGUCAGUAAGAGCGAAGCCGCCAGACGCUCCAGACUCAGCGCGCUGUUCGAGCAUCCGCUCUAUAAGAGACCUUUACCUGUCCUUACUGAACAUGAUACCCUGUUUAAUGUCAACACCGACAUCAGGUUCGAUCCCAAAGCCGCCGACAACCAGGACUGGCACGGGCAGCAAAAGGAUGGAGAGUACACUCCUGCGGGUGAGCAGUCCUUAGACUCCUACCCAAACUGGCUCCGUUUCCACAUUGGCAUCAACUGCUAUGAGCUCUACUCUCGCCACAACCCCGUCAUUGAUGCAAUGCUUAAGGACUUGCUUACACAGAGAAUCACCAGUGUUGCUAUGAAAUCUGGAGGCACGCAGCUGAAGCUCAUCAUGACAUUCCAGAAUUAUGGGCAGGCUCUCUUCAAACCUAUGAAGCAGACCCGGGAGCAGGAGACGCCUCCAGACUUUUUCUACUUCUCUGAUUUUGAGAGACACAAUGCCGAAAUUGCUGCUUAUCAUCUUGACAGAAUCCUGGAUUUCCGUCGAGUCCCGCCGGUGGCUGGUAGGCUGGUGAAUAUGACCAAAGAGAUUAAAGAUGUGACCAGAGACAAAAAGUUAUGGAAAACCUUUUUCAUCUCACCAGCUAAUAAUGUCUGUUUCUAUGGCGAGUGUUCAUACUACUGCUCCACUGAGCAUGCUCUGUGUGGAAAGCCAGAUCAGAUUGAAGGAUCUCUGGCAGCGUUUCUGCCUGAUCUGGCCCUGGCUAAGCGCAAAACCUGGAGAAACCCCUGGAGACGCUCCUACCACAAGCGCAAGAAAGCUGAGUGGGAGGUCGAUCCAGACUACUGUGAAGAGGUGAAGCAAACUCCCCCAUACGACAGUGGCACUCGGCUGCUAGACAUCAUGGAUAUGACCAUAUUCGACUUCCUCAUGGGAAACAUGGAUCGUCAUCACUAUGAGACAUUCGAGAAGUUUGGAAAUGAGACCUUUAUUAUUCACCUGGAUAAUGGACGAGGAUUUGGUAAACAUUCCCAUGAUGAAGUCUCAAUUCUGGCACCACUCAGUCAGUGUUGCAGAGUAAAAAAGUCCACUCACUUGCGGCUGCAGCUGCUGGCUAAAGAGGAGUACAAGCUAAGUGCACUCAUGCAGGAGUCUCUGCAGAGGGACUCGCUCUCACCCAUCCUCAUCAAGCCCCACCUGGAGGCCAUGGACCGACGCCUGCGCCUCGUGCUGCAGGUCCUGGCUGACUGCAUUGAGAAGGAGGGCUACAGCAGCGUGGUGGAGGACGAUAUGGUCUCUGAAACCACGGACAGAGUCGUGAAUCCACAGAGGUAGUGGGUCUACAGGAACUGUCCUCCCCGGGACUCAAACACCACCACAGCUCGAAAUACAAAGAACUUCUGGGAAGAGAAGCUCCUGAGGUUGACUUUACUGAAUUCAGUGAAUUCCAAAGACGUCCUCAAGCGACAGGCCACGUGUGUAGUGUCGGACAGGUACUUGUGGACGACAUGUAUAUUGCGGUAUAUUGUGGAUGUGCGUGUCCUAAUACAGUACAGCGGGGGGCUUUUAUCUUUUAUGGCAAAGAGGAACUGUGCAUUUUUUAAUACAAAGAGCUUUUAGUGGAGUGCAGGUUAGCUCCCACAUGUGUAUCUGCCCUAAGAUUAUUUAUUAAGUUUUAUAUUUAUUUUAAGUAAAGAUUUUGACAUGCUCAAGCUGGUACAGAGAGAGCAAACCUUAUUCAAAUUGCAGUAUUUGUACAUUUAGACAUUCCUGAUAUGUGCUGUUGGAUUAGAAAACUAUAAUCACUUUAUUAUGAAUAAAUCACGCCACAGUUUCCAUCUGUAAUCACUGGAACAUGUUUAAGAGAAUCAAAUGUUAAACUGUUACUGAUAUUAGUUGUGGGACAACCAGCAUUAACUGGGGGCAUCAAUUAUUUUUUUAAAAAUUGAAGUGUUUUUAAACUCAACAACCCAACAAAUUCAGCCUUUAAAGUCCUGCCAUAAAUACAAGCUGCUUAUGUUUUUACCAAAUUGACAUACAUCCUAUCCAAGCAAGUACAACCAUUCCAUGCUAAUUGGUUCCAAACUGCCGUCCUGUUUCUGUAUAGAGCUUGUGGCAGCCACAAAGACUGCUGUUAUGUUCAGAAUUUGAGAAAGUAAGGGCAAAAAUCUUCUGAUACAAAAUCAUUGUCCCCUUCCUUCAUUUAACAUACAGAAUGCUGUAAAAUAAUCAUACCAUCACAUAAUAAGCAUUAGAGGUGAAUCCUUUAAAGGAUCGUCGUUCAUUGCACAGUAGACAAAUUGGGUGCUAGCUUGUAGAAGUAAGUGUUAAUUUUGGUAGUGUUACUAAGCUGUACAUGAUCUGAACCUUGGUGAAGGGGGUUUAUUAGGGUAGGAUAAGGGUAGGACUCAGCUUGGAACGACAACGUUUGUAGUUCCAGUUUCAAAUUUCACAUUACUGCACUUAGUCAAAUUGGUCCAUCAACAUUGAGGUACAUACUAUUUCAUAUAUAUAUAUAUAUAUACAUAUAUACACUGUAUAUACGACCCAGGCAUAACAUUAUGAGCACUGACAGGUGAAAUGAAUAACACUGAUUAUCUCUUCAUCAUUGCACCUGGUAGUGGGUGGGAUAUAUUAGGCAGCAAGUGAACAUUUUAUCCUCAAAGUUGAUGUAAGAAGCAGGAAAAAUGGGCAAUGGGAUUUGAGCGAGUUUGACAAGGACCAAAUUGUGAUGGCUAGACGACUGGGUCAGAGCAUCUCCAAAACUGCAGCUCUUGUGGGGUGUUCCUGGUGUGCAGUGGUCAGUAUCUAUCAAAAGUCGUCCAAGGAAAUUCCCCAGAUCUCAAUCCAAUCGAGCAUCUGUGGAUGUGCUGGACAAACAAGUCCAAUCCAUGGAGGCCCCUCCUCGCAACUUACAGGAGUUAAAGGAUUUGCUGCUAACAUCACGGUGCCAGAUACCACAGCACACCUUUCAGGAGUCUAGUGGAUUCAAUGCCUUGACAGGUCAGGGCUGUUUUGGCAGCAAAAGGGGGACCAACACAAUAUUAGGAGUGGUCAUAAUGUUAUGCCUAAUGUAUAUAUAUAUAUGGUGGUUCGAGAUGGAGCCAGGGGCCCUUAUCAGCGGAGAACAUGUUACCUGUGGUAGGAAUUAAUUUUAUCUUUUGCGAGGCUGAAACUGUUCAGUUAAACACUGCAGUUCACAGAUUAGACUUAAGAUCAAUAUGAAGUUAGAAUCCUCAGCUGUGUUUACAAACUGAUGAACACAAGGAUUUUUAUCAGAACAAGCUGUCAUAUAUGAGAUCAUUAUGGAGAACAUACCAGACUGUUUCGCUCAAGACAUUGUUUAGCUUGUUUUAUUGAUUUUAUGGCACUGGACAUUAAAAGUGCACAGAAUGCCGGAAAUGAUGGGUAUUAAAGGAAAAGCCUUUGGGCAUAGUUCCUGUUCGCUUUCACAAAUCAGCUAUCAAGAAUUGUUGUUAUGAGAUCAUGUCUUUCUCCCUAAUGCCUAGUUCACACUACACGAUUUUUGCCCUGAUUUUCGCUCGCCGACUGGUCGGCGCUAGAUUUGCCGGCUCGGGAGCAACUCAGCGUUCCAAACUCGGCUCUCAAUCGCUAUGUGUGAACUACGCAACAACUCGAUCCGAGCGCUCGGCGACCUAAGCGCGAUUUCUAGCUUGUCAGAUAUCUGGAUCUGAGUUGCCCGACUGGCAAUGAGUGCGGUGUAGAACAGCCAAUGAGAACGCAAGAUACGGUGUGAGGGCAAAAGCAGGGGAGGAGUUGUAAACAGGUGGGACAGGGGCAUAAUAUAGUUUAUAUCAGAAUACAUCGACACACACACACACACAAGUUUUAUACAGUAUUUCUACAAAACAUAACACCAACGCUGCAUUGCAACAAUCCAUGCUGUUCUUAUUUUUCCUUCUUGAUUUUACGCUGCACAUCAGCACACAAACUUUGAUCGCUCGCUUAUUGUUGACGUGCAUUUUUGGACGUGGUAUCAUUAAACCCCUCAUCACUUCUCGCAUUUGUUUUCGUGACAAAACGUAGUUUGGGAGACCAGAGAAGCUCACCUGCAAUUCCAGUUGGUGAUAGAUCGUGUAGUGUGAAACCCCCCAUCGCCGAUUAGUCGUGUAGUGUGAAAGCCACACCGACUUGAAAGACUCCCGAUUACAAUAGAUCCAGUUGUGUAGUGUGAACUGUACAGCAACCUGACGACUUGGAAAGUCGUGUAGUGUGAACUUGGCAUAACUCACUCAUUCGAUAUUCACUCAUUCAAUCUUCCCCUGGUUUGAUAAUUUGAUCUGACUGAGUUGGAAUAUUUGACUGGGCUUUUUAACAGGAGCUGGAACAAUUUUGUCAUGGUGUCUGAAAACCCAACAUUUCCAGUUCAUGACCUGCAGUCUCCAGAGCUACGUUUAGCCGUGCAGUCUAAUUAAACUAGAGGAGAAGCUCUCAGUCACUGGGUAAACGUGUCUAAUAAAAAAAAAGCUUCUUUAUUUGACCAAAAAACCUUACAUAUAUUUGUGUUUUUAUUAAAUUCUUAGUUGCAAAGAUGGUUACAAUUUUUUAAAUUUUUUAUGACUUGUGUCUUUUAAAAUCACAGCUUUAACAUUACGUAUGAACUAGCAUUACUAGGAGUUGAUGCACAUUCAAAGAAAGCAGAAGUUAAAAGUGCACUAGAGCGUUUUCAGUAACCGCUGGACGAGAUUUGUACAUAUAUUAUACGAAUCCAUUGCCUUUGUAAUCGUAGAAAUACUUGAAUCUAUGGAUUCAGAUUAAAUGGGUUACGUGACUAAAGGGCAUCAAAUUGCCAAAUAAAGGUAACUUGGUACGUUCACUGUACAUUUUAUUACAGUUUUCAGUUAAAGGUUUUACUCACACAUUAAAUGCAUACAGGCUUUUUCAUUGUACCGUUUCAGUAGAGGUUUUCUUUUUCAAGUGCAAUAAACAAAAAAAAUGCUGCA